UCCGUCGACGUUUGAGGCGUCUCCCUGUGUUUGGUCUUCUUUCUUUCUGCCUUGUCUCUACCAUCAUGAUGGAGGAGAUAGACCGCUUCCAGGUGCCAGCCGUUCGGGCCGAGAUGCAGCCGCUGGAUCCAACAGCUGCAUCUAUUUUGGACAGAGAUUGUGGUAUGAGAGGAGAGACUGUAGCCAUGAACUGUAAGCCAUCCCCACUUCAAGUGAAAUUAGAGAAGCAGAGGGAGCUGGCUCAGAAGGGCUUCCUGAAGAAUGGCAACAUGGGAAGCCCAGUUAAUCAGCAGCCCAAGAAGAACAAUGUGAUGGCACGAACAAGGCUCGUCAUUCCCAAUAAAGGCUAUUCGUCAUUAGAUCAGAAUCCAGAUGAAAAGCCACUGGUAGCCCUGGAUACAGACAGUGAUGAUGACUUUGACAUGUCCAGAUAUUCCUCCUCAGGAUACUCAUUAGCUGAGCAGAUCAACCAAGACUUGAACAUCCAGCUCCUAAAGGAUGGGUACCGGUUAGAUGAGAUCCCAGAUGAUGAGGACCUCGACCUAAUUCCCCCUAAAUCUGUGAACCCUACCUGCAUGUGUUGCCAAGCCACCUCUUCCACCGCCUGUCACAUCCAGUAGUGAGGCCAGCAGUGCUUUCAGUGCUUUCCACUAUAAAACUUAAGUCAUCACUUCCUCCUAUGGUAGGACAUGCACUUCUUUGUGUUCAUGGAGCCAGAAGAAACUCAAAAAUUUAUGAUUGGUUAAUAAGUUAUUUUAAACUAUGAUAAAACAAAAGACAAGUUGAUCAAAGUGCCAGGCACUGCGUGGCAGAAUGUACUGGUCUGGAGAGCAAAUACAGAGUGGUCCAGAGAAACCUCCUUGGUUUGUUUAGGCACUGGAGAUGUUUUGUAAGGUGUCUAUUCCAGAAUGGGAAGGGUGAGAUGGAGCUGCAGUUACUGCUGCCCACUGAAACCAGUCCAUCUACAAGAUCAGGGGUGAGUCUGAGGUGUCAGAGGGUUUUACCUGUUGGAGAAGAUCAGUUCUUAAUUGAUUCACUAAACCUGAUACAUUUGCAUAACUAUACUUAUACUGUAACUGGGACAUGGAAAUAGGAACAGAGGAGGGCAUCCUUUCUUAUGGCAAGGCUAGUCAGGACUAGCAUGAUGCAAUUCAUUUACUUGUGAAAGGGACAAAUAGAUGACAUUUCACUGUGAGUCAGUAAUAGUUAGAGCUGUUGUGUCACAUAUCCAAUGCACUCUGUCCUUAGCUCCACAUUAAAUUAUCACCAAACACAUUGGAUUCAAUCUGCAGUCCAUCCAUGCUCUUCAGUUAGGGAUUCAGUCUUUGCCCAAGAAUACCAUACUCCUGAGUUCAGACCAGCCAUGUAUAAUGACUUCAGCCAAUACUUCAUUUCUGCGAGACCCAUGUGCUUUCAGAAAUCCUAAAGUGUGUUCAGCUAAGAAAAAAGACAGAACUAGAACUGUUCAGCUUGAAGGUCAGUGCCAGAAAAACUAGUUGAAGAAAGCACAUUUUCACACAGCUUGGCUGUUGAUAUUGUCUUGACACGGCAUCUCUUGGUGCCCAUGGGAGAGAUUUAUUAAUGCUGAAAGGUGUCUUUGGUGGUGUCAGACUACUGCUGGCACAUACUACGUUUGCUCUAACCUCAGACAAGUCACAUUCCCUCUUGAUAUCCAUUCCUUUCUGCAGCACAGGAGAGAAAGCUGCCUUCUCAAGAUCCUACCACCACCCUGCAUCCAUCUGCAUGGAUGUUGCCAAGUGUGUGGUGGACACAAUUGAUAGUAUAGUUCUGCAAGUAAGAUGCAAAAAGCAUUCUGUAGAAGUUUUGCAUGUAUUUUCAAAGUACUACAAAGAAAAGCAGCACAAUUCUGCUUUCCCUCUCUUUACCAUUUUCUGAUGUUGCUUACAUGCAUCAGAAGGCUGCAGAGUGGAGGUUAGUAAAGAGAUUAAAGAACUUUGGGAGCAGAUGUUUGGGAAGGAUGUGUUUCUCACACAUUUGGCAGCUGACUCUUGCACAACUGACUUCUCAGUCUGCAUGAUGCCAGAAAGAAUGUGUAAAAAGAUUUGGUGGCGCAACAGCACCAUCCACUGCUAAUGAAGUUAAGGAACUUAGGAGUCCAACAAGGAUUUAAAAUACAGAUGCCAACCCCUGUGAGAAACAUGCACCUGGUCAGUCUGGCAUUAAUCUUGUGUAGGUAAUCCCAAAUCAUAACCUCUUCCUUUAUGCUGAGUUGCUGACUCUUCUGCUACAGGGCUUGUCCAGCUCUGUCACAGAUGUGGGUUUGUAUGAUGAGAUGUGGUUCAAGGUUUGGAAGGAUCCCUUACGUAGGAAAUCCUUGAAAGGAAGUGACAAGGAUGCCAUGUUCUAAAGGUGAAAAGCACCUUAAAAAGGAGCACUUUUCCAUGCCUUCCCCUUAGGCUCAACCUAGCCAAGUUUGCCCUGUGGCACUGCCCAUUUAUGCAGAUAGUUCUUUUGAAACGUGAGAAGUAGAAAUAGGGUUAUGUGAAGAGUCAGCUCUGAAGGGUGGUAGAGGUCAAAGCCAGGGUAUGUUUACAUUGGCACAUAUAGCCUGUGCUUGCUGAGCCAAGCAGGAGCCAGGUGAUAAAGCCUACUUCAUUCUAGGUAAUGGCCAUUCCCUGUGUGAGCUUUAAGGGAGAAUAGUAAAGGAAGAGCCCAGGCAAAAGUGCCAGUUUAUACCCUCAGAUCAUUAAAUGGAUGCUAAAAGUAAGAGCAUGAAACUGCCAUGGGAAUAUGCCAAAGGAGCCAUUCAAUACUCUCUUCCCUCCCAUCACCAUUCACUAUCUCAGUUGCACUCUGAGCGUUAUAGAGCAACAUAGGCAACAGGACAAGUUGCAUCUUUCCCUGAUGCCUGUGGACAGCAGCUCUUCCCAUUGCUUUCCAGACACAGUUGCCAGCAGAAACUGGUGGUGACUGAGCCUUUCUGUAAAAAGCUGCUCCAGUAAAAGAUGGAUUUGCUCCUGGAAGGAACCCAUCUCACCAGUUGUGCCAGUGUCAUGGUUUGACCAGGAAGGAGUGGGAAUUCUGGGAAGCUGUGGUCAAACCAAUGAAGGUUUUGGGUUUCAUACUGACACCUGGUGUAGCCAGUGGGGUUUGGACACACCUCCGAGAAUACACAGGGGUUAAAAGCAAGGCACUGCCCUGGCACUUCCUCUUUUGGACAUCGUCGGGCGAAGAGGUCAGAUCUCUUCCCCCGCCCGGCCCGCUGCUGCUGGGCGGGGGAGGAGCCGCCAUGCGGUAGGCCUGGGGCCUGGACAGAGGUGGGGGUUGAGGGGGCUUUCAAGGAUGGAAGGGUGGGGGAGCCCCAAGAGACAUCGAGACAUCGGGCAGCCAGCCCCCCCCCCCCCCCCCCCCCCCCCCCCCCCCAGGAGAGAGAGAGAGAGCCGGCGGCACCGAAUGUGAUGGCAGCCAGCCAGGAGGAGAAGGGGGGAGGGAGCCCGGCCGGCCGCAGCAGCAGCACGUGUGGGAGUAUCAUCUCGUCCCAGGACAGACAGAGACUGAAAACUUUUAACCCUUUCUUGCAUGAUUGGGGCCUUGCAAAAAUGCUAAUCCUCCUCGAAGCUGAAUAAGAAGGGAGAUAAGAGAUGAGAUAAGAUAAGGACCUGGCCCGGAGAAUGUGGAGAUGAUUGGAUGGGGAGAGAUGAUUUGGAGUGGCCUUUUGGCUGGACUUUUCUCGUGGCUAUGGACUCAGUUGUUCCUGUGACACAGACUGCAUUUAGGGGGAGGCAGUGCCUCAAAACCAAGAAGGUUCAUUCGUGAGGACCCCCCGGCCCCAGGGGGUUGGAAAAAUAUGGGGGGGACAGAUGUCCCAAAAGCAGAGACUGUGCCUUUUUGGAGUGAGACAAGGCAUCCUUGAAAGACAACCCUAAAAGCAGCUCUGGCCAUGUCUCGGUGGUGAGAGCACUGGGCAUGGAAGGACGAUGUUACAAGCGGCAGAAGGACUUUUUUUCUUCUGGGCGGUGCCGAAGUAACAGGGAAGCACACGAGGUUCUCAGUGUGUUUCCACGAGAAGCCUAUGGAACGAGAAAGACUCCUUUCCUCUUCAUGAACUGCAGUUUGAGUAUACUAAAGUGUCGUGCCGGGCUGGGCAGUUGGUGUUUUUUGGGAGAAUGUAUCGGAUUGGGAAAGUCAGGGAGUGGGGAGGAGGAAAGUUUUUUUGUAAGGUUUUCAAUUUCUUUUUUUUCUUUCCCUAUUUUUUCCUGUAG